AUGGCUUUCACUGCUAUUUCUGGAGAGUGGUUUUUGCUGGCAUGUGGCACCAAAUUUAUAGCUGCUCACUUGACGGAAGACCGCCUUGAAAGUGACAGAAUACUGGCCUUCACUGUUUCGCCAUCUGGAAAACGGGUGGCACUAACUGAUGACUCCAAAAGACUGGUCCUGUUUCAGUAUGAGCAUUCCUGGCAACAUGUUAGUACUAGGUGGUUGGUGAGGAGGGGCACAUCCUUGGUGUUUACAAAGGCGGAAGACGAGAUUCUUGUGGCUGAUAAAUCGGGCGAUGUGUAUUCCUUCUCGGUGAAGCAACGGGACAAAGAAGGCGCACUUAAGAUGGGUCACCUAUCCAUGGUUCUAGCUGUGACUAUGUCAAUUAACGAUAAGUAUAUCAUCACUGCUGACCGGGAUGAAAAAAUACGAGUGAGCCACCUUCGUUCUCCGUACAACAUACAGUCCUUCUGCCUCGGACACAAACAGUUUGUCAGUUCACUGUUGGUUCCUUCAGGCGAUAUGCACUGGUUGCUGUCAGGAUCAGGGGAUGGCACGGUGAAGCUGUGGGAGUAUGAAACUGGUCAGAAGCUCGAAAGUUGGGACUUGAACAACCUUGAAGAAACACUUGUCCCAAAAUUGGACAAUGAGAUGAAAGUAACGGUAUGCAAUAUAACCAGCUCCCCUGAUGGGUGUCACAUCGCUGUGCAGUGUGACAGAUUGUCAACAAUUCAGUUUUUCAUGGUGAACCAGGAUAGUGAAGAGAAGAAACUUGUACCACACAGCAGGAUUUCCCUGCCACUAUGUCCUCUUGAUAUAACCUUUGACCGACAAGGCCGACUUUGGGUGCUGUUGGAUUCCUGUGAAACACUGUUUCAAAUCUAUACACUUGAACAUUCCAUCUGGAAGUGUGACGCUGCCAGCACUGAACUGAAAAGGGUGACUGAGGCUUUCAAAUCUCACUGGCAGACACUUAAAGUUUCCACUGGGACUCCUAGCCGUUUUGAACAUCUGCACAAGGCGACUUUUGAUAACGUGACUGUGUACAUGGAAAAGAAGCAGCAACGACUGGAGGAACAGCAGCAGAAAAGGAAAAUGGAACAGAGAGACGAUGGCAAGAAAAAGAAAAGAGGUGUUGAGAACUGUGAAAGCUUUGUCACCAACAUGAAUUAA